AUGUCAGAAGAAAAUAUCGUUCGUCAGGCAGCCUCGAGCUUCGAUAAACUUGAAAACUUCAACUUUCUUCUUUCUCGACACGACCCAGCAGUGGCCAAGAGUCGACAUUAUUCUUUUGACGCAGACACAGCUGGCUUGGCUUCGUUCUCGAGUCUGAAUAUGGAUUACGAUCAAACCGAAGGCAUGGGCGGCAUUUCCGUCAGCUCGUACGACAGCAUCGAGGACGAACGGAGCCCGAUCGAUGUGCGAGGAUACCCAUAUCAUGCAGGGGAUAAGACCAUUAACUAUUCUAUGCCGGAAAUGCUAUCUUAUUCGGCUCAUCACGUCUAUCCUACUAUCUCAUGUGGGCCAGACGAUCUCAACCAUGGCCCCGGAACUCUCACGCCUUCGGAUGUCUCAUCUUCUAUUUCACCCCCAAAUGGCCAGAUCGGCAACAGCAAGUACAGCACUCAGAUUUCAGGCGAUCAUAUCGCCACUGCGCUCGACCAGGAAGACUACUCUCGCCGUGCCGUCGAAGAAGAUCGACGACGGCGCAACACUGCCGCGAGUGCGCGGUUUCGCAUGAAGAAGAAGCAACGCGAACAAGCGCUUGAACGGACUGUGCGAGAGACGACCGAAAAGAAUGCCACCCUCGAGGCCCGUGUCGCCCAACUCGAGAUGGAAAACCGGUGGCUUAAGAAUCUCUUGACUGAGAAACAUGAAGCUACCUCUACUCGUAUGCCGCCUCCCCCGACAACAGACCACGCGAUGAGCCAUCAAAAUACGACGGUUGUCGGCAGCGGACAGAAACAUAUCCAGCCAAAAAAGAAGGGCGUGGGUACUGACAACUGA